UGCUGCUGUGCGGGCUCAGCAAGCUGGAAACGGAAGGCGAAUCGAGGAGGAAGGUUCGGACAGUGGAGCCUGCAAGCUACUCAGAAAAGAGCGAGAACAGACCAGAACUCAGGUCAUGGCUUCCGGCUUCUCGGACCUGAGGCUCCAACAGAGGAAAUGACCAUCAGGGACCCUGCUCCAGACCCAUUACGGAGACUGAACCUUCACGGGGUGUGAACCUGCCUGGGACAGGGAAGCUUCUCUCUUUGAAGGGCUUUACAUUUGUCGCAGAGAAAGUAAAGAUGACGACUUCGUCUAUCAGACGGCAGAUGAAAAACAUCGUGAACAAUUACUCGGAAGCCGAAAUAAAAGUCCGGGAAGCCACCUCCAACGACCCGUGGGGCCCGUCCAGCUCCCUGAUGACGGAGGUCGCUGACCUGACCUACAACGUGGUGGCCUUCUCGGAGAUCAUGAGCAUGGUGUGGAGGCGGCUCAACGACCACGGCAAGAACUGGCGGCACGUGUACAAGGCGCUGACGCUGCUCGACUACCUCAUCAAGACGGGCUCGGAGCGCGUGGCCCAGCAGUGCCGCGAGAACAUCUUCGCCAUCCAGACCCUGAAGGACUUCCAGUACGUCGACCGCGACGGCAAGGACCAGGGCGUCAACGUGCGCGAGAAGGCCAAGCAGCUGGUGGCCCUGCUGAAGGACGAGGAGCGGCUGAAGGCCGAGCGGGCCCAGGCGCUCAAGACCAAGGAGCGCAUGGCCCAGGUGGCCACCGGCGUGGGCAGCAGCCAGCUCGCCUUCGGCCGGGGCUCCAGCCAGCCCAACCUCUCCACCAGCUACUCGGAGCAGGAGCACGGCAAGGCCGGGGGGUCGCCGGCCUCCUACCACGGCUCCACCUCCCCACGGGUGUCCUCGGAGCUGGAGCAGGCGCGGCCGCAAACGAGCGGCGAAGAGGAGCUGCAGCUGCAGCUGGCGCUGGCCAUGAGCAGAGAGGUGGCCGAGCAGGAAGAGCGCCUCAGGCGGGGAGAUGACCUCAGGUUGCAGAUGGCCUUGGAAGAAAGCCGCAGAGACACAGUUAAAGUUCCAAGAAAAAAAGAGCAUGGCUCCCACCCGCAGCAGACCACGCUGUUGGACCUGAUGGACGCCCUGCCCAGCGCGGGCCCUGCUGCCCCGAAGGCGGAGCCCUGGGGCCCUUCCGCUUCAGCCAGCCAGACCAACCCCUGGGGCGCUCUGGCAGCCCCCGGCAGCACUUCGGACCCCUGGCCGUCGUUCGGUAAAGACCUCCGUCGUGCCAAGCCAGCCACCUCUGUCGACCCAUGGGGGGUGCCCACCGGAGCCGGCACACACUCCGUCCCCAGGGGCUCCGACCCCUGGGCCGCCCCGCAGCAGCCAGCCCCCAGUGCCGGGAAAGCCGCCGACCCCUGGGCCGCAGCGUCGGCCGCCAAGCCCGCGUCCCCCUCUGGGGCUUUUGAUCUCUUCAGUAAUUUGAAUGGUACAAUUAAAGAUGACUUUUCUGAAUUUGACAACCUCCGAACUUCAGAAAAAGCAGCCAAGGCGGCCUCUCCGCCGGCCCAGAACAAUGGAACUACCAGCCCCGACCCCUUUGAGUCCCAGCCCCCGACCGUGGCCUCAAGCAAGCCCAGCGGCACCCGGAAAACCCCCGAGUCCUUCCUGGGCCCCAACGCGGCCCUGGUGAACCUGGACUCGCUGGUGACCAGGCCAGCCCCGCCGGCACAGUCCCUCAACCCCUUCCUGGCACCAGGUGCCGCCGCGGCCUCAGCCCCGGUCAACCCCUUCCAGGUGAACCAGCCGCAGCCGCUGACGCUGAACCAGCUGCGGGGGAGCCCGGUGCUGGGGAGCAGCGCGUCCUUCGGGCCCGGCCCGGCUGUGGAGCCCGUGGCUGUGGCCUCCAUGACGUCUGCAGCCUCCCACCCAGCUCUGGGGACCGGCGGCUCCUCCCUGCCGCCGCUGGGCCCCGCCGCGAUGAACAUGGUGGGCAGCCUGGGCGUCCCCCCGUCGGCGGCUCAGGCCACCGGCACAACCAACCCGUUCCUCCUCUAGUGCCCGCGCCGGGACCCGCCGCAGAGCAUGCGUGCCAAGGACGCCGGGCAGGGGCUCUCGCCUGUGGGAUGGGGUCUGAGGGCGGGGUGGGUGUGCAGAGGGCGUCUUUGCGGUCCUGGCCCUCAGCCUGAGGGUCGAGAGGUGGCGGGCUUACUGAGGCGUCGUCACGCGGCACGUGGGUCCCCGAGCCUGUGUCGGGAGGGAGGGCCCCUGACCCAGCCUGGCCGCCGCCCCCCCCACCUCCUCGCAGUGCGGGCCCAGCCCCCGUGGAGAUCCGCCGGCCCUCGGGGGCCUUGGAUGGGGAGGCGGCGGUGCUCAGUGCUGGCCCAGCCUCAGCCCCGGGCCUCUGGGAGCCCCCCUGCCCGGGACCUGGCGCCCACCCCCAGCCCUGGCGACCCCCCAGGCGUGGAUGGGAUGGAGUGCUGGCUCCCUCAGACACUGACCUUUGGGGGACACGGUUGUGCAUAGUUUACUUUUCUUUGACUCGUGUGUGAGUUCAAAGUAAACGCCACCACCGUGGAACAACUCUUGAAUUAAAUCCACUAGAGCAAGCUUUAAACUAACCUGAGCAUAACCCCGCCACGUGCUCCAUGCUUGUACACGUUUGCACAGAUUUUGUUUAGUACAGUUUCAUAUUUGAGUUUGCAGAAUUAUCGAAUAGUCUUUUUUGGCUAAUAUUUUUAUAACGUCGUUCUUAUUUAACUGUCUAGUUUUGAUAGAAUUUACCAGGUCUGGCUGAAUUAAGAUACUGGCAGUGUCAUGUUAGUGGUGUAAAUCCUCUUAUUUAUGGUUUUAACUCUGUAAGAAAAUUUAACUAGGAAGAGACAAAAAAAUGCCUUAUGGAAAAACUAAAGCAAAUUCUUUAUAGGAAAACAUAUGGGAAUUUGAUUAUGCAUAAAAGAUGAUGUUUAUUUAAAAGAAAAAAAAAGAAACUACAACAGUAACAAAAAAUCGUAGCCUCCAGUUGCCUUUUCUUUUAACUCCUUUUUUUGGUGGAUUACCAAACUGAUUGACUUUCAGCCUUUUUGGCUAGAUCCUAAGAGAGAGGCUAUUUUUCUUACUGAUGAACCAACGUGAAGAAAGUUAAAGACAAAAAUCUAACAUAUGAAUGUGACUCACCAGGUUUUAUCAGCUAACUCCUUUUUGUGACUGAAGGCAUGCACAGUUAACAAGACUUCGUUUACAGUGGGAACGUGGGAUGGAGGAGACUUCUGGAACCCUGUGUCUGUGACCCUCUCUGUCUUACUCCACACUCAGGGUAGAGGUGGGGACAGUGUGGGGGGCGGUGCAUGUCGGGGGCAGCCCAGGCUGACAGGGUGAGUGAGGGCCCAGGGCUGGCCCCGACCUACGCACCUGCCCUCCAGACACCCAUUGCAACAUAGAAGUAAUCAUCUCUUACUUGGCAGAGGAAGAAAAAUCAUUCUCACCCAGAAGAGAUUUUUAGCGAACGUGCACUAAUCUUACCUCCCUCUCCCCUGCUUUCCUCGCCCCACCCACCACUAUAAAAAAGUAUUAGGUAAGUCACAAAUUAAAGACCAGAAGAGACUUGCUUCUCCCCAGGGAAGGGCCAUUUCCCCCGAGUCCUGUGUCUGUCUGGUCAGCCGGCCUGGCGGGCACCUCAGUCUCACUCUACGUGGCGGACGUCUCACCUCUAGCACCAAGGGCAGCUGACAGCUGGGGGUCUCUCCUGGGGGGAUAGGGCCCCUCCACCCCUCUCUGGUUCCGGGAGCUCUGAGCCUUAGCGCUGGGCACGGGAGGCUGACUCAGAACUGCCUGCUCAGGCCACUCCUGUUGCCACGUAGAAGAGCUCACCCGUGCUCCUCCCUGGGGCUACCUCCGGCCCAGACCUCCUGCCCAGCCCCUGAGACCUGGGGCUGGACCAUGGGCUCCAGAGUCACCCACGAAGGCCGGUCCGGCCUCUCCCAGCAGCCUGGAGGAGGGUGGGGCAGGGCGGGGCUCGGGGCAAGGUGCUCCCCCUGGGAGGUAGGGGCCGACCCCCUCACGGGGCACAGGACCACGCUACUGGGGUCAGUGAUUUCUCGUGAGUGAGGAGCCCUUGCCGAUGGGACUUUAAGGCCCCGAUGUUACAGCCAGUGGGCCACCCAGGCCCAGGCAGACUCCCAUGCCAGCUCCCGGCUCAGGCCCACCCCCAGGCGCCUCGUCCGUGUUGCCCGUUGCACUGAUCAUGAAGCCACUGGUGCUGCCACGCGUGUGGGACACAUGCCAUCAAGCUCCCUCCUGCCGGGCACCGUGGUAGGGGUGUUGCCCAGCCGUUUUCUCAGUCCCAGGGGUGGGUGGCCGGUUUGGAACUUGUGUUGACUGUCGAUACUUAUUCACCGUAUAAAUAUAAUUUAUCAUUUGUAUCACGA